GUUUGGGAACCAGCUGUCGGUGCUGAGUCAGUCGAGUUUGGACUCGGGUGACAACAUCGCCAUGUGUUGCACAACCACGUACCUUUUUCUACAUCAGCAAUACUUCGGAACUCUUUAAAUAAUGGGCAAAAAGAAAUCUCACAUUUUGGGUAAGAGUAUCAUAAAGGAUAGAUUUAAGACUUCCCAACGGCGCAGAAAUGAUGGCGAUGACAGUUGGCUGCAUACCAGUGAUUUGAAUGAUGGUGUCGAGUGGGGGCGUCUCAACCUCAACUCAGUUACAGAGCAAAGCAAUCUUGAUGACUUCCUCACCACGGCUGAACUCGCUGGCACGGAAUUCACUGCAGAGAGAUUAAACAUCCGAGUAGUUGACCCAACAGACACUGGUCUACCUUCAGCUGAGGAGACCAAAGUCAUCAAAGAGACGCAAGAACUCAACAAAAAACUUCUGUCUAUCCCAAGAAGACCACAAUGGGAUGCCAGCAUGACAAAGGAACAGCUUGCAUUAAACGAGCGAGAAGCAUUCCUUGAAUGGCGACGUCAACUUGCAUUAUUGCAAGAAAAGGAGCAUGUAGUCCUGACACCGUUUGAGAGAAACCUGGAGUUCUGGCGCCAGUUAUGGCGAGUCACUGAGCGUAGUGAUAUUAUUGUCCAGAUUGUUGACGCUCGUAAUCCACUACUGUUCCGAUGUGAAGAUCUGGAGAAAUAUGUGAAGGAGGUUGGUAGCUGUAAGGAGAAUAUGGUUUUGAUCAACAAGGCUGAUUUGCUUACAGAGCAGCAGAGGGAGCAAUGGGCAGACUACUUCUCUCAACAGGGCUUAAGAGUAGCCUUUUGGUCAGCUGUCUUGGAGACAGAGAGGCUUAAGGAAGAGGCUGCAUUAGAGAAUCAAGAUUCUCCUGAAGUUGAGGAUCAAGAUUCUGAUGAGGAUCAAUCUUCAGAUUCUGAAAACACAGAUUCAGAUGAUGCAUCAAUAGAGGACAGAUUAGAAACAACGACUCCUUGUGGUGAAGUAAGAACUGACGUAUCUAGUGAUGGCUUGACAGUAGAGAAUUUGAAACUUUCUGCUGACCAAGAUGAGAAAAAUGAGUCACGGUCUGAAAACAGCGCUGAAGGUCAAUCUGUGGGACUGGUUUCAUCAAAAACUGUACAAUUCACCGACAGUGACUCGGGUCCUCAAAAGAGGUGUGGUCAUGAAGACGGGUGUAGUCAUGAGGAAGAAGAUAUGGAAGAGGGAGAUGAGAAUAAAAGUAUAUCCAGUUCCAGGAAUGAGUGUGACAUGACUGAUGCACACGAGCCCAAAGAUGAAGAUGGGCGUGGCUCUGUAGAAGGAACUAGGCGUGGUUCAGUGGUGAAUAGUAGUGCGCUUCUGACAGGGGAGGAGCUGAUUCAGUUUCUUUAUGAUCUUCACAAGGGACCCAAAGUACAAGAAGGGGUCUGGACUGUUGGAAUGGUCGGUUAUCCAAAUGUUGGGAAGAGUUCUACCAUCAAUGCAAUCCUACAGAGAAAGAAAGUUCCUGUAUCAGCCACACCAGGACGGACCAAACACUUCCAGACACUGUUUGUUGAACCUACACUUUGCCUGUGUGAUUGUCCUGGUCUAGUCAUGCCAUCAAUGGUGUCGUCAAAGGGAGAAAUGAUUAUUAGUGGCAUCCUCUGCAUUGAUCAUCUUAGAGAUUUCAUCCCGCCAGUCUCACUCAUCUGCCAGCGAAUCCCAAGACACAUCUUAAACGGUCUUUACGGCAUCAACAUCAUUCACCCAAGAGAAGGAGAAGAUCUGAACAGAAUACCAACAGCUAGGGAGUUCCUAAACGCUUAUGCAUAUAUGAGAGGCUUCAUGAGUAACCACGGCUUACCUGACUGCCCUCGAGCUGCUAGAGUUAUUCUUAAAGAUUAUGUCAAGGGGAAGCUGCUGUACUCUCAUCCUCCACCAGGAAUAGAUGAGAUUGAAUUCCAGACAUUUUCUGGAGAUGGAGCAAAUGUUGAUGGAGAUCCUAACAAGAUUAGGAGGGAGCUGUCAGGACCCGUUAUCACCGAUGAAGGAACCAAAUUAAAGCAGCAGCCCACGUCUAGUAAGAUGGAUGAAGUCUUCUUCUCACAACAGACCACCAAGUCUCACUUAGUAGGAGCAGUUGGUCCAAGAGGACUUAUGAGUAGUGUCAACAGUCAAGAGGUUAAAGGUCCCGAGUUAUCAGCCAGCCAACAGCGUCUGAUUGAUAAACCCUGGAAGAAACAUGGAAACCGAAACAAGCGGGAAAAACUAAGACGAGUUUAUGGUCACCUUGAUGCGACUUAAAAGUUUAUUAUUGUAUUGUCAUGUGACAUGAUCAUGUGGCAGUCACAUGAUAAAAAAACUAAUCAGGUAUCAAGUUAAUAAGAAAGCUCUUAGAUUAAAAGGUCCUUAAAUAUUUUAUUCUGAUUGGUAAUAAAUCAUGAAGGCAUGAAAGUUUAUCUUGCUUCUCACAGUCACCUGACAGUCACAAAAAUGUGGUCAAGGUAUGAAGUUAUUAAAUUGAAAAAGAAGGUCCUUAGAUUUAAAGUCAUUUGUUAGUUUUCAUAAUUGUUACCAAUUAUGUUUCACACUUUCAAAAGACAACUACUAAUUAUGAAUUUGUAAACAACUUUUUUCAACACUAUAAAUUAUAAGUCACUCAUAAAAAGAUUUAUGUAGGAUUUCCAGUUUUUGAAAUCACGUUUAUUUGUGCUCAACAAACAGAAGACGCGUGGGACUUUACAGAGCAUGUACAAAAGCAUAAAUACCUACACUAUCUUGCAAAAAUAAAUAAGUUGGACAAUGUUUAAGCUUAUUUCUGUUGUGAAACUGUAAUAAAGGUAAUCAUUCAACCCCAACAAAUCUUAUCCAGAUUGUUUUAUCUUUGAAUGAUUGUGUAUCUGGUCUUUAUAAUUGAAUAAUGCAGAUGUUAGAAGACUAGAUUAAACUUUGGUUCAUUUUAUUUGGGAUAUCUUUUUAGAGCCCAAUUAUUUUUUACUUGGUAGAAACAAUUCUUUUCAAAGCUUCAACACAAACUGCCCUGAACCAGCACAGUCAUAAACCAUACUGGGAACAACUUCAAAAGACUUGGUUUUUAUUAUUAA